CUUAACCGGACAGAAACUACUUAACCGGGAAAAUGGCUGGAGGUCUCGGAAAAUGCAGCAAGAUUCGUCACAUUGUGACGCUGAGACAGUUGCUUAGACGGUGGAGAGACCAAGCACGGAUGUCUUCUUUCAGCCGAAGUGUCCCGUCUGAUGUACCGUCUGGACACGUGGCUGUCUACGUGGGGAGAAGCCGCAGAAGAUAUGUCGUGCGAGCAACGUAUCUUAACCAUCCUGUCCUAAGAAAUCUUCUGGUUCAAGCCGAGGAAGAGUUCGGUUUCGUGAACCAAGGCCCGUUGGUUUUCCCCUGUGAAGAGUCGGUUUUCGAGGAGUCUAUUCGGUUUAUAUCUUGUUCUGGUUCGACCCGGUCAAGAGGGUUUACAUGCACCGACGUUUUCAAGAAGAACUGCCACGUGGAGAUCAGAAACAUGCGUGAUCUAUGGAUUGAAUCUCGGCCUUUGCUUCACGGCGUCUCUGAGAAAGCAAUAUGGUGAUCAUCACGUACAAGAAAAUAGAAGCCAGUUUUGAAAUAAUGGUCAUUGACAUUUAUGUUUAUUUAUUGGUUUCUUGCUGAGUGAGGCGGCGAGUUUGAGCUGAGCCAGACGCGGUGGCGAAUACAAAAGAGGUGGCCGUGAAAGGUGGGUGAGUCUUUCUACCGAGUCGGUGUUGUGAGUGUUGGCUGUAUAUGCUCCAUUUUCAAUUAAAUUGUAAAUAUGAUUUUCUAACGAAUAUUAUGUAAAAUUCCAGCGCAUUGUUGUGUUAAUGAUCAUUAUUCUUAUA